UUAUAAGAUAUGAGAUAAAAGGCUUAAGAUAUUGGGCUUUCGAUUAUUUUACAAUAAUCCAGUAGUGGACGAGUGGUGUUGCAGUCGCCUCGUAUCAAGAUGGCGACAUAUCUACUCCUUUUUUUGGCUGCGUGCUUCACGCUGUACGUUCACGCUGUACCAACACCACCGACCACAAGAAACACAAUCUUCAUAGAUGAAAAACUGGAAGGACAGAUUUUUGAAGGAAUUGAUGAUUCUGACGUUGCUUUAUACAAUGAUCCCGCAAAAUACAGAUUGCCUACAACCACGCGGCCCAGACACUAUGAAGUGUUAUGGAUCUUUGAUAUGACAAACCUACGGUUUUCUGGCACAGUAUCGAUAUAUCUAUCAGCAACUCAGGCCAAUGUAAGCGAAAUAGUAAUCCAUAGUAAUGAGUUGCAAAUUGUGCAAGUCAGUCUUCACCAAGGUAAUACUGUUAUCCCAUCGACAUAUGUGGAGGACAAAGAACUUCAGUUCUUGCGCAUUCGACCAGCAACUGCUCUCCAGUAUAGCGCAACUACUCCCGUGGAGUAUAAGCUGACAAUUGACUUCGAUGCCGAGCUACGUAGAGACAUGAACGGGAUAUAUAGAAGCUGGUACAGGAAUACCUGGAAUGGUGAAUUGAGGUGGAUGGCAACAACCCAGUUCCAAGCUACACAUGCCCGCGCUGCGUUCCCGUGCUACGACGAGCCAAGUUUUAAGGCUACUUUCGAUAUUACAAUUCGUCGGCCUAGUACUUAUAAAAGUUGGUCCUGCACAAGAAUUCGAGAAAAUACCACUACUGUUCCAAAUUAUGAAAAUGACAUAUACCACACUACACCCAUCAUGUCCACCUACUUGAUUGCACUCAUAGUAGCCGAGUACGAAACACAAGACCUGGUAAUAAAUGGUACUUUGACAUAUGAAGUGAUUGCAAGACCAGGGGCCAUACGAGCUAAUCAAAGUGACUAUGCGUUUGAAGUUGGACAGGAAUUAUUAGCUGAAAUGAGCGAUCACACAGGGAUUGAUUUCUACAGCGUCUCCCCUCACAUUAAGAUGACACAAGCGUCUAUUCCCGAUUUCUCAGCAGGUGCUAUGGAGAACUGGGGAUUACUAACCUAUAGGGAAGCAUACUUAAUGUACGACGCUGAACAGACCAGUGAUAAUAUGAAGCAAAUUAUUGCUUAUAUCCUCUCUCACGAGAUUGCCCAUAUGUGGUUUGGAAACUUAGUGACCUGUGACUGGUGGGAUAAUCUUUGGUUGAAUGAAGGUUUUGCGAGAUACUAUCAAUAUUAUCUUACACACUGGGUUGAGGAUUACAUGGGUUUCGAUACUCGUUUUGUAGUAGAACAAGUGCACACUGCAAUGCUGGCUGACUCCCAAAAUAAUCCUCAUGCCUUGUACCACCCUCAUGUGGGAGAUCCAGAUGAAGUAUGGGCCAUGUUUUCAACAAUUUCAUACAAUAAAGGAGCAUGCAUCAUAAGAAUGACGGAGCAUCUGCUUGGAUUCGAAGUUCACAGACAAGGAUUAAGAAAUUACCUAGUUAACAAGUCUUUCCAAGUAGCCUUGCCAACUGAUUUAACAGAAGCCUUGCACAACGCAUCCGUUGCUGCCGGUGCUAUAGCUCAAUAUGGAGACGAUUUCUCAGUAGUCGAAUAUUACAAGACGUGGCAUGAUCAGCCUGGAGUUCCUGUGCUCUUUGUACAAGUUAACCAUCAAACUGGAGACAUGGUUAUAACACAGCGUCGUUUUAACAUCAAUUAUGGCUACGCAGCUGUUAAUUUCAACUGGCAAAUACCAAUUACAUUUGCCUCCGCUAGCAAUCCAAACUUUACCAACACGAAACCAUCCCAUAUCUUAACGAAAACUGUUACUGUUGUCAAUCGCGGAUCUCUCGGUGACGAAUGGGUCGUAUUUAAUAAACAACAAACAGGUUACUACCGAGUUAACUAUGAUGACUAUACCUGGGACUUAAUCAUCAUUGCUUUGCGUGGCGCACAAAGAACCACUAUUCAUGAAUACAAUCGCGCUCAAAUCGUCGACGACGUCUUCCAAUUCGCUCGUUCAGGCCUCAUGAGUUAUACCAGAGCAUUCAACAUUCUGUCAUUCCUUGAACAAGAGACGGCAUACGCUCCCUGGGUGGCGGCCAUGAAUGGAUUCUCCUGGUUGAGGAACAGACUCGCUGGCACUGAUCUAUUACCUAAUUUAGAGAGUCUCAUAACGCGCUGGUCAACGCGUGUGAUGAGCGAACUGACAUACUACCCUGUGGCCAAUGAGACCUUCAUGAGAUCGUACUUGAGACGCCAGUUAGCACCUGUCCUGUGUAACAUUAAUGUAGCAGCUUGCCGUACUGCUGCAACCACCCAACUGAACGCGCUUCUUGUGAAUGGAAUCGAAGUACCAGUAAACAGCCGAAACUGGGUAUACUGUACUGGCUUACGGGCUGGCUCUUACAACGACUUCGCAGCGUUGUGGAGGCGAUACCUGGAACACAAUGUUUACACUGAGAAGAUCCAGCUGCUCCAGACUCUGGGCUGCACAGCUAAUGUGCAGGCAUUGAAUCAGCUAUUAACAUCGAUUGUGCAAGAAAACUACGAAAUUCGUCCUCAAGAUUAUUCAACUACGUUCAACGCUGCAUUGACAGGAAAUGAAGCAAAUACACAAGUUGUUCUAGAAUUUGUUAAAAAUAACUUGGCUAGUGUGACUCAAGCGUUUGGCUCCCCGUCCACUCCGCUAUCGAAUAUUGCAUCUAGACUGAGAACUGUGGAAGAAGUUAAUUCGUUCCAAACUUGGGCGAACCAAUCACAAGCUGCCUUGGGUGAUGCCUACACUGGCAUCUACAACGCGGCGGAAUCAACGAGAGAGAGCAUAGCGUUCGUCGAGACGAUUCGUAACGACAUAAACAACUACUUAGUUAAUGGGGAUGAGGUUAUAGCAGCGUCCACGCCACAACCAGAAUUGGUCACUGACCCCGUCACUGUGCCAAGGCCAGAAAUAACUGAGCCUGUUACACCAGAUAUCCCUGAUUCUGCUGUUACAGCCGUCCUGUCAGCGUUUGUGUUGACGCUGGCUGUAGUCACUAACUUAUUAAUGUAUAACAUUAUCAAUAUAUCGAAUGACGAUAAUAAAGUAUUUAGCCUAAAUCCUUUAUUUUCAUGGAAAACCAGCGCUAAAAUGAUGGUUCGCUGGUUUGCCCCAAUUUUGGGGUUGGCCCUUAUUCAGGGUCUGGUAGCCCUCAGCCCAAUCCCAAUACCAGAAGAUGAGUGGGCAGAAUUUGCGGCAAUGUUAAGUGAUCCUCUUUACCGCCUUCCCACUACUUCCAGGCCACAACGAUACGAAGUAACCCUUACACCUUACUUUGAAACCGUACCUACCAAUAUUCAACCAUUUACAUUUCAAGGAAACGUUGUUAUUUAUACAACCAUAGCCGAAGCGACCAAUGAAAUUGUUUUGCAUUGCAAUGACCUUACUAUCCAGCAAUUAACAUUAGAAUUGAACGGAGUAGUUGUACCUUUAGCGACUAAUACGUUCACUUGUGAAAUGCCAUAUAGCUUUUUGAGGAUCCGCGCUAAUUCCAUGCUGGAAGUUGGUCGCCAAUACGUCAUAAAGUCAACCUUUACAGGCAGAUUACAAGAAAAUAUGCGCGGUUUCUAUAGAAGCUGGUAUGUCGACAGUACAGGUAACAAAAGAUGGAUGGGUACCACACAGUUCCAGCCAGGUCAUGCCCGUCAAGCUUUUCCUUGCUACGACGAGCCAGGAUUCAAGGCCCUCUUUGAUAUUACCAUAAUCAGGGAACUGGAUUUUAGCCCGACGAUAUCAAACAUGCCUAUCAAAACUAGGACAACAAUCGCAAGUACUAAUAGAGUUUCCGAAACAUUCCACACCACCCCGCUAACAUCAACUUAUUUGCUUGCUUUUAUCGUCUCUCACUACGACGAAGUAGCAACAAAUAAUGACACCGUGAGACCCUUCCAUAUCUAUGCUCGUGACAAUGUUGGUACUACAGGGCAAUGGUCUCUGGAUAUCGGUGUCAAACUUUUAGAUGCUAUGGAAGAAUAUACGCAAUAUCCAUAUUACGAAAUGGCUCCUUAUUUGGACAUGAAACAGGCGGCUAUUCCUGAUUUCUCUGCCGGAGCAAUGGAAAACUGGGGAUUGCUUACUUACAGAGAAGCAAACAUCCUCUAUGAUGAUCAGAAUUCUAAUCAUUUUUACAAACAACGAGUUGCAAACAUUGUGUCCCAUGAAGUAGCCCAUAUGUGGUUCGGUAAUUUGGUCACUUGUGCUUGGUGGGAUAACUUAUGGCUCAAUGAGGGAUUUGCUCGAUUCUACCAAUAUUAUCUCACUCAAAUGGUGGCUCCAGAAUUGGAUUACAAUACAAGAUUUAUUGUUGAACAACUUCACGUAGCUCUGUUGUCUGAUUCCGUUGAUACCGCACAUGCUCUCACAAAUCCUGAUGUUAGUGAUCCUGCUAGUGUCAGUGCUCACUUUUCAACUAUCACAUACGCUAGAGGAGCAGCAAUUUUGCGAAUGACACAAUAUUUAAUGGGUGAAAACACAUACCUUAAAGGUCUUCGAAGCUAUUUGAAGGAAAGGCAGUUUGAUGUAGCAGAACUGCAACAUCUUUUCCGAGCUUUGGACGCGGCUGCCGCUGAAGAUGGUGCUCUAUCAGCUUAUGGCGGUAUCACAAUUGCUUCGUACUUUAAAACUUGGUCUGAAAAGGCUGGUCAUCCUCUCCUUACCGUCAAUGUUGACCAGGCAACUGGUCGCGUUACAGUAACACAGGCCCGAUGGGAGAGAGAUACCGGUGUUUCUCAGUUUACUGGUACUUGGGAGAUCCCUAUCACAUGGACGCGGGCUGGCUUACCCGAUUUCAAUAACCUCAAACCAAAUUUCGUGAUGACAGCACAAGCUAUGUCGUUCGAUACUGGUGCCAGAACACCACAAUGGGUUAUUUUCAACAAGCAACAAUCAGGUUUUUACAGAAUAAACUAUGAUCGCAAUAACUGGAUUUUGUUAACUAGAGCUUUAAGAAGUAACGAAAGAACAACUAUUCACGAAUACAACAGGGCUCAGAUUGUUGAUGAUUUAUUCAACUUUGCACGAGCUGGAUUGAUGUCGUAUGAUAGAAUCUUCAACAUACUGUCAUUCUUGGAAUUCGAAGACCAAUACGCACCAUGGCUUGCCGCCAUCACCGGCUACAACUUUGCAAGGAGACGUUUAGCUCACGAUUCCGCCAAUUUGGCUAAAUUGAGGGAUCAAAUCUUAAGCUCCAGCAAGGCUGUCGUUGCUAGACUUGGUUACGAAGAAAGAUCUGGUGAAUCAUUUAUGGAUGGAAUACUGAGGAUGUACUUAAUGACAUUCCUGUGCGAUGUUGGGGAUGCACAAUGUGCGUCAGUCGCUAGAACUUACUUCCAACGCUGGAAAGAAGGACAGCACAUCCCAGCGAAUAUGCGUCCAUGGGUCUAUUGCAGUGGAUUGAGACAAGGAAAUGCCGACGACUUCAACUUUUUCUGGAACAGAUAUUUGAAUGAACAAUUGGCCAAUGAGGUAGUAGUGAUGCUUCAAAGCGCUGGUUGCACAAGCGAUACGGCAAGUCUUGAAGCGUUCCUAAACGCUAUCGUCGAUGGACAACAAACUGUGAGACCGCAGGACCAUUCAACAGCACUUAAUUCAGCCACCACUGGUAAUGAGGAAAAUACAAUGAAGCUGUUCGACUGGCUGAAGAGAAAUCUCAAUCAAGUUAUUACUGGACUUGGCAGUGCAACAACACCUGUUAGUAACAUUGGAUCCAGAUUAUUAACAGAGGCACAAAUGACAGAGUUCCAAGCUUGGCUUGACCAGAAUCGCGAAGUAUUAGGUACUGCCUACAACACCGGCGUUAAUGCAAUCAACACUAGCCGCAACAACUUAGCGUGGUCCGGCAGGAGGUUGUCUGAAUUCGUAACUUUCUUCAACAGCGGCUAUGUUGAGGAAAAGUUAGAUUUUGAAAAUGAGGAUAAUGAGGACGAUAACGAUGCCGAUGGAGACGACAAUGAAUCCGAUGGAGGAGACAGCGAUGAAGACAAAGAUGAUGAUAAUUCAGCUAAUAUUGCUGUACUGAGCGUUGUAACGCUUCUUGUUACUGUGUCCAUUAAUUUAUUGGCAUAAAUUUUAGUGUAAUCAAUAUUGUUAUUGUUAUUUGUAUUGAUAUUAAAUUUUUUACAUUUUC